UGUGUGCACGAUUGCUACAGGGGUGGCAUUGGUGUACAGUGCUCGGAGGUGGGUAGGGGCCAGGGGCGGACUGACAACUCAUGGGGCCCCCGGGCAAUAGUGGAUCAUGGGGCCCGUGUCCUUGCCCAAACUCAAAAAAGCCUAUGAAAAAGGUACCAGGGGCAUCUCAUGGGGCCCCCUACUAACCCCGGGCCUUCGGGCAGUGCCCGAGUUUCCAAAUGGUCAGUCCGCCCCUGG